AUGAAGGACAGGGUCAUAAAGACAAUGAAGAGCAUGUUCCUUCUCCUCAUUUUUCUGGGAGUAGUAUCUGGAAGAAGAACCCAGUUGCUUAAGGGCUUACCUGAAACAAGUACUGUUGAAGAAAAUGCAGCAGCUGGUGUUUUAGUUUGUACCUUUAAUGUAACAGUUUCUCCAUUGUCUUCUCAAGGAGUUGCAAUACUUCCUACCAUAAUAAAUUCAAAUCCACUUACAGAGGCUUUCAACAUUGAACCAAAAGGAGAUUUCCAAUAUAGGGUUGUUACCACUGGAAACCCGGUCCUUGAUUAUGAAACUAUGCCAAAGAGCAUUCCCUUACAGAUUUUUGUUGAAGAUACAACUGGGAGAACAGACCUUAACACACUGACUGUCCGAAUAACAGAUAAAAAUGAACGUCCUGUAUUUCAAGGAAAUAUGGCAACACAAACUGUAACAAUCUAUGUCUUGGAAGGAACACCUCCAGAAUGCAUUUACAGUGUUCAUGCAGCUGAUCCCGAAAAAGCUGAACUCAAAUAUUCCCUGCUCCCUACGUCAGUACCAUUCUCAGUCUUGGACAGUGGAGCCAUUUUUACCACAAAAAAAUUUGAUUAUGAGACAGAUCCACAUAGUUACCUUUUAAAUAUAACAGUGACAGAUCCAGAUGGACUCAACUCAACUAAAACAGUGAAUAUAAAUAUAAUUAACAUCAAUGACGAAAGCCCUUACUUUACCACAAAACAAAGAAUCUUCAGGAUUCCAGAGGAGCAAACCCCGGGCACUGUUGUUGCGAAUAUCACAGCUAAAGAUCCUGAUGAUGAAGACUCUCCCAGCAGACUUUUCUACAGUAUCCAGUCUUCUGACAGAUAUUUCUCUAUAAAUCCAUCAACUGGAGUGCUACAGGUGACUGGGAGAAUCGACCGCGAUGCCCUUCCACUGCGGCUCCAUCCCAACAUCUCGUUGACAGUCCAUGUGGAGGACAGUCCCAGCGGUGGUCACACCAGUGAAAUGCAGAUCACAAUCAUCAUUAAUGAUAUCAAUGACAACUCACCAGACUGCAGCCCUUCUACUUUCGGGAGAGAGGUAAAUGAAAAUACACCUGCUGGGACACCUCUUCUUGAUCUUAGAAAUUACUGUGAAGAUAUUGAUGUUGAUCCAUCAAACAAUCAAUUUAAUUUCACUGGAUUAUCUGGUUUUGGAAGCAAUAACUUUGCUCUGGAAUCCACUGUGUCUGGAAGACUUAUGAUGACUGAAAGUAUUGAUUUAGAAAAUCAAGGAGUUGAAGUUUAUUCUUUGACUGUCAGGGUGCAAGAUAUUGCCUAUCCUCACUACUCAAAUAUCAUCUACAUUUACAUCAGGAUAAAGCCAGUGAAUGAAUUUUUCCCAGUCUUCAAUAAUUUAUCACAUGAAUUUAACGUUCCAGAAAUUACUAAAGUUGGAUCCAGCAUUGGAAGAGUGAAUGCCAGAGACAAGGAUUGGCCUCCCAGUGUCAUCACUUAUUCCAUUGUAGCUGGAGGUGGCACCAGGGAUUACACAAAUAUCUUCUGGAUCAGCCCAACCAAAGGAGAUGUGAAGAUUUUAGCUAGAUUAGACUAUGAAACAACUCAGAAGCACUUUCUCACGGUACAGGCCUCAGACGGAGAGAAGACUGAAACAGUAUCUGUAACUGUCAAUGUUUUGGAGGUAAAUGAUGAAGAACCAGUUUGUUCACCCAAUUUCUAUUCAUUUCAAAUCCCAGUCAGCUUAGCUGUUGGGACCAAUAUUAAUGGCUUCAGGAUUCAGUGUCAAGAUCGUGAUUCUGAUCCCAGGUCUUUCCGUUACUUCAUUAAUGAAGGCAAUGUGAACAAUCAUUUCACCUUUUCACCAAGUGCUGGCUCCAACAUAUCUCGACUGAUUCUUGCAUCGAGGUUUGACUAUGAGAGUGGACUUGAUACGAACUGGAUUUACACACUGCGCGUCUAUGUAACAGAUGACAAUUUACUCUCUGCAAGGGACAGAGCCACACACCCAACUAAAACUGGAACAGUGACCUUAAGCAUCAGAGUGAUCCCAAACCCAACUACUGUCGUUACCACAACGCCUGGCUUCACUGUUGUGACAGAAAAGGAAAACCUCUACUCUGCAUCGGCAUGGUACGUGCCGUUCGUCAUCACGGUGGGCGGUUUGCUGCUCCUGGGACUGCUGGGCUACCUGGGGCUCCUGCUGGCCACCUGGCUCCGCACCCGCUGCCCUCCAGCACGCAGAGCUGACGGCACAGCACGGAUAAAAGUCCCAGAAAAGAAGAAACCUAAGAAAGAAGUGGUUGUGACAAUGACAAAACUAAACACCGUCUUUGAUGGAGAAGCCAGAGACCCAGUUACUGGUAAAAUGUAUGAAUUCAAUACACAGUCGGGGGCCCGGAGGUGGAAGAAGAGCAAUGAGCUCCUUCAGCCUGUGCCAGCCAAGCAGGGAACAGCUAGUACCUCAGACUAUAGUGGCCAAGGGAUGGACAGAGCAGAAGCACCAAGCAAAAAAGAGUCUUCAGAGAAGAGAAAAGAGAAGACUAUGGAGACGCAGCUAGCUGCCAAGCCCUCAGCAGGGCAAUCAGAACAACCAGGACAUUCUAAGAUUACAAAAGCAGAAGAUGGAGUCUGA